AUGGGCCUUCGGGAGUCAGAGCCAGGGACGGUGCUGUGUGUGGCAUGUUACAAGGACAUGAAAGGCAAGCUGGAUGACUAUGAUUUCGAUCUCUGCUGGGGUAAACCUUUCAACAUCAAUGCAACCACAUGGAUCUUGGACGCCUUCUUCCACCGAUUGAUCGGCUGGCACUUCAAAGAGUGGGCCUUCGGCCUUGGAGAUCAACGCUUCGCUCCAGCUGUCCAAAUCCAACGCUUCUUCUGCCAUCCCCAUUCAAGUGGAAAAAUGUCUCUGGGAACUCAAGGGCAGGUGCUUACUGUGUUGGUUGCAUGGGAUGGCAAAUAUCAGGAGGGAUAUCACCAGUGGAAGUGGAAGCGUGGCCUGUUUUGCACCAAGGGGGACGGUAAGGACAUUGAGGGUAUUGUUGGAAAUGCCUCCUCAACAUGGACUCUAGUUUGGUGCAAAUUUCCUGAUAUGGUUCCUGAAAUGGCCUGGAUGGUCCUAGGCUCCGAGGCACUCAGUAAGGGUCUGGCCAACUACAUUGGUGAUCCCAAGGUAGAAACCAUAUGUGGGACAUUGCCACUCAACGACGCUGGGUAUUAUAAGCGUCUGACAAUAAUAGCUUAG